AUGGUGGAGGAUUCAAUGGAAAUCUUCAUGGAUGACUUCUCGGUUGUGAACGACACUUUUGAAGCAUGUUUAGCACACUUGGGACAAGUUCUCCAAAGGGAAUGUAUAGUUCUUGGUCACAAAGUGUCGCAAAAAGGGGUAGAGGUUGAUAAAGCAAAGAUUGAAGUGAUUGAGAAGUUACCACCACCAAUUUCGGUGAAGGGUAUUCGUAGUUUCUUAGGACAUGCCGGUUUUUACCGGAGGUUCAUCAAAGACUUCUCAAAAAUUGCACAUCUUCUAUGCAAACUCUUGGAGAAGGAGGUGAAAUUCCAUUUUGAUGAUGCAUACAUGGUGGCCUUCAAGUCUUUGGAAGAAAAAUUGAUCUCCACUCGGUUAUCAUUAGUCCCGAUUGGUCAGAACCUUUUGAAGUAA